ACUCCGACAGUUUAUACGGUUUCACAUCAUUAUCAUGCAGUAGGCUGGUAACGAAGUUUUGAAACAAGACGCGAAUUAUUUUGCCAGAAAUGAUAUUUCUUAAAGGAUAACCCAUCUCAAACGGAUUUAGUAUUAGAAACGCCUAUGUCUGGAAAGGAAGUUGGAACUCAUAUUGCUCUCAACGGUGCAGUGGAAAGAACACAGCCGGAAGAUAGUGGUGAAGUGUACGAUAAACUCCGCUUGGCUCAAGAUGUUAUCAAAUGUCUUUCUGAACGAUGUGAAGAACUAGAAAAUUUAAGCGAAUAUCUUCCAUUUGUACGGAAGGAAAUUCGUGGUCAGAUCGAUCAAAGCAUGCAAAUGAUUCAAAGAUCAGUGAGCGAACGACAUGACUAUCUUUUGAAUGAGCUUGAUUCCUGUUUAAGCUUAAGAAAUGAGGCCAUAAGUAAGUUGCAUUCUGAGUUUGAAAUGAGACUUCAAAGACUUUCUUCACAUGUUGACCUUCUGAAAAGACUCACACAAUCACAUUCAAAUGACGAAGCAACUCAUCAGACACAAAAAUUAAAUCAGAAUAUGGUUUCUAGAGAUCUCGCCGCACAAAAGCAUAAAGCUGAAAUUGAAAAGCUGAUUGCUGCUCCAUUGCCUUUACACCCUUCGGAAUCAGAUACAAUGUCAUUUUUCCCCACAGAUUUGGAUCAGCUUUUAAGCAUGGUCAAAUGUGUUGGAUCUCUUGGUUUGACCGGAGUUGAUGCUCAAAAUACUAGCUUAUCAGAUAGCUACUUGGACCAGUUUGUUCCAGUUAGGCGUUGCCAAACAAAUGAAGAAGUCAAGAUAGAUAUUCUUGCAAACGACAGACUGGGUCGUGCAGUGGCAAAUGCUUCCUGUAAAGAAUUUUCCGUCCUCUUAACUCAGAGAUGUACCAGUGAGAUUGAAGUUGGUGUCCAAGAAAAACACAUGUCUGAUAGCAGUCUUAAUCUUUCAAAUAAUAGCAAUGGGAAUGGAAAUCAAGAAAACACUUUGCAAAUAGUUUAUAAAAUUUCUCAACCAGGUUUAUACGACUUGAGCAUAAAAUUGUUUGGCGAACAUAUAAAGGGGUCCCCUUACUCAAUUGUUGCUGAUGCGCCCAUAAAACCAAGUUUACAAGAGAUAGCUGACACAAUGAAGGAGAUAAGUGAAUUACCUCACCGUAAGCAGUGCAAAAAGCGAUCAAAAAGACGUUGUCAAUCAGCACCUGUUUAUUAUAAAUUACUGGAUCAACCAACUGCAUUAGCUGAUUUACAUAAAAUGGAAAGAGGUGACUUUUUGUACUCUGUUGGAACCAAAGGACGUGGUAGCGGUGAAUUUGCAAACCCCGCUGGAAUAUGUGUAACCAGAGAAAAUAAAAUACUGGUCGUUGAUAGUAAUAAUGCACUUGUUCAAGUAUUCACACUACAAGGUCAAUUUCUUACACAUUUCGGCGAGUAUGGAUACCAUCCUGGUCAACUUAUGCGACCGGUCGAUGUGGCAGAAACAAUCAAUGGAAACUAUUUAGUUUCAGACUAUGAUUUGCACUGUGUCACAGUGUACAACACACAUGGACAGUAUAUGUCUAGAUUUGGUCAGCGUUAUCUUUCUGGUCCAAAGGGCAUGGUUGUGGACAGUCGUGGACGUAUUGUUGUAGUCGAUCAAAAGUCAUGCAUGAUAUGUAUUUUCAAACCAACUGGAAAGUUUAUCAACCGUUUUGGUGCACGUGGUCUAGCUGACAACCAUUUUGGUAAUCCAAUGUUUAUAGCUGUCAAUUCACAGGAUGAAAUAUUCGUCUCAGAUCAUGCACAUCAUUCUAUUAAAGUAUUCGAUAUCAACGGAUUGUUCCUGUACAAAUUUGGAGUUAAUGGAAUUGAUCCAGGUAUGAUACAUGCCCCAACUGGUAUUGGCUUCGAUCGAUUUGACUAUCUUUAUGUUAGUGAUUGGGGUAACAAUCGAAUACAGGUAUUUGACCAAAGUGGCAACUAUAUACGCAUGGUUGACAGUAAACUAGAGUCCUUAAGUGGUCCUCAAGGUUUAGUACUGCACCAGCUGUCAAACAAACUUUUAGUCGUGGAUCCAGGCAAUUAUUGUUUCAAAGUGUUUAAUGCCCAUUCUACAGAAGAUCAAAGUCACUGAUUAUGGUGAGGCAAAUGAGACAUUCAUAACAUACAAGAAAUAAUGAAUACUCAUGACAGCAUAUACUUUUAUGGUGACUGAAGUGUUAGUGCAUCUUUCUUCCAUUCUUUUUUCGGUAUUCUUCAUCCACUCUACAAACAACCUAACUAAAUCCCUCUGUUUGUACAAAUUAUUUUUGAUGAAUUCUCAUUAGAGAUUGUGAAUUUUCAUAAUAGUGUUAUUCAUGAUAAAAAUUGGAGUGGUUUAACUUCAAAUCUGUUUACGGCCGCAUUCUCAAGUAAACAAGAUUAGAUGAUUCUCAUCGAGUCAUAUAUAUUUUGAGUAACUGAAUUUGACAGACAAACUGUGGUGUACCACAUUAUUCGUUUCGAAGCGAAAUGCACCCAGAUCAUUUGUAAAUGCUUAAUGGAAGUGUAAAAAUUAAAUUCAUUUGGAACAAGUUUCUAGUUUUUCCAAAUUACAGUAUUACACCUAAGCUUGAUGUGACUGACAUAAUGAAGUUCUGAGAAGACCCAUCCCCGAAACAGUUUAAACUACAUGGUACUAAACGGACAAAUCAACAGCAAAACAGAAUCUUCUUUCAAAAGACACAUAUAAUUUUAAAAAGUAUUAUUCAGCAGACACAAUUAUUGAAAAGGGACUGAAAUAGCCGACUGAAGUUUUGGAAGAACUGGUAUAUACGAGGAGAUACUUCCAUCCCAUUGAGCGCUAGCAUGAUAAAUUUGUAUUAUUUCCUGUAUUAUCAGCUGACAGAUUCGUCAAGGGAAUAAUUAAAUUCAAUUUCUGAAUGCAGAAAAUCACUGGCCGAACGCUACUCUAUUGGUCCCAAGACACUUACCCAGCCUUAUUCAGUUCCCCUUUAAACAAUGGAUCAACAUCUACUUUUUGAGUCGCUUAAGUAAAUAUAUAAUGUACCGGUUUCAACUCCCUA